AUGGGAGAAACCGCUCAGCAUGUUGACCCUAAAAUAGCAGUCCAAAAGCUAAAGCAGCAAAAUGAAAAGCUUAAAUCUGAGCUUUCUCAGCUACGAACCGCUUUACAAUCUGCUAUAAAUAACCAAAAACAAGCUACGAUUCAAGCCAAACGUCCAAACUUCAGUUCUGAAUCAGAAGAUCGAGAAUUCCAAGUUUUACACUCAAAAAUCAAAAAACUCAAAAAUGAACGUUCAGCGCUGCAGGUCCAGAUCGCUGCAAACUCCGAUUCCAACACCACUGAACUCGAAAAUGAACUAAAAUACCUCAAAUCUCAGCUAAAACAAGCUGAAAACGAGCAGCAGACUUUAUCAAAGGUCCAAAAAGACCAAGAAUCUCAUAUGGAAAACAUCAGCAGUGGCCAAAGUAUCAUCGACAAAAUUAAUAGACUAAAAGAAGAAAUAAAAGAAGCCAAAGACGAGUACAGAGAAGUCCUAGAAACAAUGAAAACUGAAGAGGCCAAAUGGCGUGAAGACCACAAAAAAAUGGUCACAUUGGACUCCAGGAUACGAGAAGCUACUGGAAAAGCUCCAAAACCGCAAAAUAAAUCUGAGUCCAAGUCAAAAGAAGAAGAGGAGCUUACUGAGCUGAAAAGACGCCAAGAAGUGCUAAAUAAAGCUAUUGCUACUGAAGAGGCCAAAUUAAGAGUUUUAAAGUCUUCUAGGUUGAUGCCUCACGCUUCUGAUCAACGUCAGCCUAAUUAGAAUAAUGGUCUUCUAUAGUAGCAGAGCUUGCAAUGUGAUUCCCAAGGAAGUCUCCCUGUUAGUAUGUCAUAGGGUGCUAUGAAGGUAAUUGUUAGCCCGAUACCUUUUGAAGGCCACUUUUGGGAGAGGUGACCCAAGAAAAAAGGAACCAUGCCCUUUGAAACUGGUAGCGAAAAUAAUUAGCCAAAAAAACAUCCGGAUAACUAAUAUUUGGUUUAGAGUCACCGCUACUCCCAAAGUUUACCGACCCUUAAAGUCCUACCGUCCAAGGGCAAGAGCUAGAAUCCAAAGGCCUGAGCCUUAAUUAUGCUAUAAAGUAACUUUUGCAAGCAAGGUCAUCUUCUUCAAUGAUAUAUUUUAAUUAUCACCUCCAUAUUAAUUAUGAAGAGACCAAAGGCAAAAGAUACAUAACAGAAGCCGAAGCAAAUUUAAAAGUCCUGCAAGACGAAGAUUUAGCAUUAAAAAAGAAACUAAAAGAAAAAGAACAAGAAUCCCAAUUAAAAAGUUUGAAAAUUAAAGAAUUAAAAGGAACAGUCACAGCACUACAGAAAAAAAAUAAAAGCGAAAAAGAAGAGGCAGGGAUGGUUGACGAAGGAAAUUAUGGGAAUUUAGAAGAGGCAGAAAUUGACCUAUCAGGGGAUAAAGGAAAGCUUUCUGAAUACGACUAUAGCAAAAAUGAGUCAGGGGAUUACGGAGAAGCUGGAAAAGAGUAUUAUUCAAAGCCAAAACUCCAAUUUUAA